AUGGCGCUGUGCCAGAACCGUUUACAAGAGGAGAGGAAGCAGUGGCGACGAGACCAUCCCUUUGGUUUCUAUGCGAAGCCUCAACGCACCAAGGAGGGCGUCCUUGAUGUCAAGAACUGGGAAUGCGGGAUUCCUGGAAAGGACAAUACAAUUUGGUCCGGUGGACUCUUCAAGCUGACUAUUGCUUUUCCUGACGAGUAUCCUACAAAGCCUCCAAAGUGCAAAUUUGUCCCUCCUUUGUUUCACCCCAACGUCUACCCCUCCGGCACCGUUUGCCUUUCCAUCCUCAACGAAGAAGAGGCUUGGAAGCCUGCCAUCACCGUUAAGCAAAUUUUGCUAGGUAUACAGGAUCUUCUCAACGACCCCAACCCCGAGUCUCCUGCCCAGGCGGAAGCGUACAAUCUGUUCAAGAGAGAUCGUGCCGAGUACGAGAAGCGGGUUCGACGUACGGUCCGCGAAAACCCUACACCUUGA